CCCCCUUAUUGGUGUCACCAUGGAGAUGGUUGGGGUGUGACGCUCCUGGUCCCCAGGAAGUAGCUCCAUCUGUAAACGCACGGGGAAAUGGACGAUAAUCUUCAACUCGGAGACAGUGGAGUUGUAAAGAAUGUUGCAAAGUUAGGUCGACGGGCUCGCCAGGCUGCAGAGCAAACAUCUUCAAUGGAGGAGUCUCGACACGUCAGAAAAUCCUCUUCUUCUACGUCGAUGGGAGAGGUACCCCCUCCUAAACCAGCCCGCAGGCAGGGCGGCUGGGCUGAGGAGACUUCUGGAUCUGGAUCAGCCAAGUCUGGAAGAAGGCCUGCCAUGGUGGAGGAUGUGGAAGACCGACGCCUUCGACCACAAACCCCCCAGGGCUCGGAUGAUGAAGGAGAUAUACCAGUUAUUCCAGACCUUGAUGAAGUACAAGAGGAAGACCUUACCAUGCAAGUUGCUGCUCCUCCAAGCAUCCAGGUGAACCGGGUAAUGACAUACAGAGAUCUGGACAAUGACCUCAUGAAGUACUCUGCCUUCCAGACCCUGGAUGGGGAGAUUGACUUGAAGCUCCUCACCAAGGUUUUGGCUCCAGAGCAGGAGGUGCGGGAGGAGGACGUGGGUUGGGACUGGGAUCGUCUGUUUACGGAGGUGUCCUCAGAGCUGCUGACGGAAUGGGAUCAAGGAGAGAAGGAGGAGUUAUGAUGUGUUAUGAUGACGAGCCUCCCCAGGAUGGGAUCGGGUGGACCAGGAGGCCUCCUCUGGGACCUGGGUGGGUGCAUGACAAUGCUCUGUCCAAACAUAGGGACCAUCAAGUAUAUGUAGCUUGUUGUUCAUAUUCCAAAUUCAGUGCACAAUGUAUUUAUUUUUUCUAAUAAAUUUAAACACGCCACAUUUGUAGGUAUAUUUAUUGUGAAAUUAAUUACUGUAAUUUCUAUAGUAGGUUGCAAAUUAAUUAUCUUCUCUAAAACACGUGUGCGGUAUUUCACUGCAAUGCUAUCUGUUUGAAUCUACCAAGACUGCUAGAAGACAAAUCACUUUUGUUUAAAAAUGCUGAAUGCCUAAAUGGUCUGAUACAGAUUAAAAUGCCCUCAUCUCCCGCCUGCAUUAUCUACCCCCCUACAACCUCAGUCAGAUACAAGUCCAAGGUUGACAAUCACCUAAGCUGAAAUCCACUUGAUUGUGGUCAAAUUAACAUUCUUCAUUAAAGCCAACAACUUUAUUGUUA